AUGCCGGCCUGUGCGCCUGAGUACCGCUUCGUGCGGUCCAAUACCGAUCUUAUCUUUUCGCCGAGAGCUAAGAGAUGUUCUCACCAACCACCCUUUACCACUCUGAGGAGAUCCUUCUCUUCAACGUUUUCCCUCAUCCCAGAGGAGCAGGCCGUACCACCGGAGUAUCCAGCAUCGUUGCCGCGGCUCAUAGGAGUCAUCACAUGGUUACCACGACAAUUUCUUCGACCGUUGAUUGCGAUAUUUAACUUUAUCGCACAUCCAGCGUGGAAGCAAAUAUUAGUAGUGUUGCCUACACUGUGGAUCGCUGCUUCACUCUUCAUCUUCUGGAAAUGUGUCCAGUGCCCUCUCGGAGUCUUGAAAAUGAUAGCGGGCGCACUGUCUAGCAGCCCAGAAAAACAGAGAACCGUAUUGAUUAGCGGAGGAAGCUCUGUUCAGGCGCUGCAUCUUGCAAGGAACUUUCACUCCGCGGGAGCCAGAGUGAUAGCGUUUGAAAUCGAGGGUCAGUUUACUUUGUUAAAAUAUUCGGCAGCUGUGAGUCAAUUUUAUACCGUUCCCAGACCGAAUCCCGGUGAUCCUCUAGCGUACGCGAGGGCCUUAAAGGAAAUUGUUGAAAAGGAGUCCAUCGUAUUUUAUAUACCUGUGAGCUCAUCGACGCCAGCCUAUUAUGACGCUCUUGCAAAGCCUCAUCUUGAAGUCAUGGGGUGCCAGUGCUUUGUGCCGUGUGCUCGUGACGUCGUUGCUUUGGACGAUCCACUGGAACUCAUUCGAUUAUGUCGUGUAGCUGGUUUAGCUACUCCUCAGUUCUGGGUCGUCGCUAGCGAAGAAGAUGUUAAAUCUUGGUAUGAAAGUGGAGCCUCAAAGGAAGGAAAACAUUUCAUAGUGAGCGCUGGACCGAGAGGUGCACGAGACCGCCUUAGAUUCAUUCUACCUGACAGCAUAACGCACCUUAGGUUCCCACGUGAAAUUAGUGCUGAAAAGCCGUGGGUCAUCAUGCGUGAACCAAAGGGAGAGAGGUUGAUGACUUGUACCACAUUAAAGGGUUCUCGUGCAGUGAACAAUGUAACUUGUAGAUUGGAUACAGAAAGGAAAGGGUUGAUACCGCAAAAAGAUGACGACGCAGAUGCGUGGGUGCAGAAAUUUGUAGCGUGUCUUACUCCUGCGCGCCCUAUGACCGGUCAUAUUGCCUUUAGAUUAGUUCGAGAAGAAAAUACCGAUGGUAAAGGCAAGUUAGUGGCAAUAGGUGCGCGUGUCGGUGUCUCCUUGCCCUAUUUAUGUCAAGGUCCCAAAAGGUGUGGUCACGCAGCAACAGUUGGGAAUCUGUUGAAUACUGUGUUAGAUACUCGCGAAGCUCUCUUCGCUUAUUGGGACCCUUUGCCAUAUUGUGCGUAUUACCAAGCGCGAUCGCCGGAAGAACGCCGACCACCGACGCCUGAGCCCUGCAAGACUCCACCCAAUGUACCCCUUUGA